AUGGCGAGUUCUCGAUUAGUUUCGAUCAUCUUCUUCCUCUACACAAUAAUCCUAUCGAUAAGCUCAAUCAGCAGCAGAGAGAACAAUAAUCUAGUAACCAACCAAGCUGCUUUGUUCGUGUUCGGAGAUUCUCUGUUUGAUGCCGGAAACAACAACUACAUCGAUACGGGUUUACGAUCUAACUUUUGGCCGUACGGUCAAACCACUUUUAAGUUUCCAACCGGAAGAGUCUCCGACGGACGUCUAAUUCCUGAUUUCAUCGCGGAGUAUGCAUGGUUACCGUUGAUCCCACCAAAUCUACAACCAAGCAACGGUAACAAUCAAUUUACCUAUGGAGUCAGUUUUGCUUCCGCCGGUGCCGGAGCUUUGGCGGGAACCUUUCCCGGAAUGGUGAUAAAUUUGGAAACACAAUUAAGCAGCUUCAAGAACGUUGAAAGGAGGUUGAGAUCUGAGUUAGGAGAUGCAGAGGCGAAGAAGAUUUUAUCAAGAGCUGUUUAUCUGUUUCAUAUCGGAGGCAAUGAUUAUUUUUAUCCCUUAUCUGCAAACUCUUCACUUUUCCAAUCCAACUCCAAAGAGAAAUUCGCCGAUUUUGUUAUUGGUAACACGACAUCCGUGAUCGAGGAAGUGUAUAAAAUGGGAGGAAGGAAGUUCGGAUUCUUGAAUGUUGGAGCAUAUGAUUGUGCACCAGCCGCGUUGAUCUUAGACAGAACAAAUAUAGGAUCUUGUUACAAACCGGUCACCGAGCUGAUCGAUUUGCACAACAAGAAGUUUUCGGAUGCUUUAAAGCGGCUACAGCGUGACCUACCUGGAUUCAGAUAUGCAUUUCACGACUAUCGCACUUCUUUAUUGGAAAGAAUCAACAAUCCUAUGAAAUACGGGUUUAAGGAAGGGAAGAAGGGAUGUUGUGGAAGCGGACCUUUGAGAGGAAACAAUACUUGUGGAGGCCGAAUGGGGCAAGAUUACGAGUUAUGUGAAAACGUUACUGAUUAUUUGUUCUUUGAUUCCUCUCAUUUGACGGAGAAGGCUCAUCGACAGAUCGCAGAACUGAUUUGGAGCGGACCACCUAAUGUCACUGGACCUUAUAAUCUCAAAGCUUUAUUUGAACUUAGGAGUACUUAA